UCACUGGCACUUUGUAUAUUCUACGUUUUUCAAAAUAACCUAUUGCUAUUGACCAAAUAAAAUCGCGUGAUCCGUGGGAACUGCCAAAGACAAUAAAAGUGGAGUGUAGAGCGGACUUAGGGGUUCGUGAGUAGGUGGGCGGUGCAGUUUUGAUUACAAUAGUCAAACAAACCGCUGUUCCUCUGCUGCGACCUCCGCUGCCUUUUCAGCUCCUCCAGCUGUCGAUUUUGUUCGGUUUGCCUCAGUUUUGUUUUAUCAUUCGACCUCGUCGGUUCUGUUGCGCCCGUGUUUUCUUAGCCGCCUAAUUACCUGUGUAGUGAAGUCAAAAGUGUUCAGAUCCACCGUCAGCUUGCCGAUUUUUCGUGAACUUCUUGGGGCCCGUAAUUAACGUGGGUUUACCUGAACGCCCGCGGCAAUACCAUUGAAAGCGUGACGCCCGUCACCCCAGCUGUACGCCAUCAAAAAGCUCCCUCCCGCUUGCGAUCGAUCCACGCCACGUGAGGAAACUGAGCUCGCACCAAGUCCUGGCUCCUGGGCAUCCUGCUGCUGCUGACAGUCGCCACCAGCUGGCCAACGGGGACCUCCGCCGCCCCCCGCCGCGCACGAGGACUACACCUGAUUUUGGGGCACCGCCAACAACGCCAUCACCAGCACGCCAGAUCGACGGAUCCGGUUCCCAGCAUCGUACCCUUGUACACAAAUAAGACCGAGGACAGGCAAAACUGCUCGGCCAUGAGCAUGACUCCUAACACAUCAGCACUGACCGAAGGUCGGGAUAUAGCCAUUAAAACGCGGGAGGCCGUCAUCUGCCUGACCCAGGAAUGGCUGGAGCACAUGAAAAACGACGUCCUGAAGGAGGCCAUCAGGAAAUACUCAUAUCACAAACUGUACCUGAAGCACCCUCUGGAGGCUGAGGUCGAAAAGGUUGUCUUCAAUUACGAGACGGAGGCUUUCGAGUACAUCGAUGCCGAGCCGGUGAACACAGUCGAAGAGGAGAUGCCGAAGAUCAUCGAGACCCUGCUUGUCGUGGAGCAUCUUUUCGAAGAAAUCAAGUUCAGCCACAAGGAUUGGAAUUGCUAUUUCAAAAGCUUUGUGUAUUUCUUCCACCACAACAUGCAUUCGGCCCUGAGAAUCGCUAACCAGUCGGAGCUUUGCAACCCCGGGGACUCCCAAUAUAAUAAGAACCACAUUUUUCUGAAUUUCGCCGCCGCCUUGGAGACCAUCAAGGUGCUGACCGUCAUGGUGCACAAGUACGAUCAGCUGAUCAGCAAUCAGUAGAUGAACACCGAAACAUCGUUAUCCGCUGGCCAUCGUAGUUCACGUUCCAGAAGCAACAAGCCAUACCAAAAACAAUCGCCUCCGAUGACCCACUGCAAUCUCAAGCUGCUAGGCUACGCCCUCGUAUUCGUAUAUCCAGUACUAUCCGUAGUUGUCUACGGGAAAACCCUCAUCGGCCUUAGUCCCAAUUAUUUAUAAUAACUUAUUAUCGCCAUCCUCCCCCGCACAUCCAUUCGUAUUUAUAUCGCUUUCGCAUCCUAUUUAUAUACAUAUCACCAUACUCACACAACACAUUCACCGCCUCGCAGGCUCGAUAACUUAUGAAAUCUAUUACUUAAGUGUAUUUUUUUUAUAUUAUUAUAUUAUGACUAUUAAUAAAUUAUAUUGACUAUGCGCAUAAGCGGAAA